GGGAGACCAGAUAUAGUGAAUGCAGGGUGCGGGGAGAGCAGAUAUAGUGAAUGCAGGGUCCGGGGAGACCAGAUAUAGUGAAUGCAGGGUCCGGGGAGACCAGAUAUAGUGAAUGCAGGGUCCGGGGAGAGCAGAUAUAGUGAAUGCAGGGUCCGGGGAGACCAGAUAUAGUGAAUGCAGGGUCCGGGGAGACCAGAUAUAGUGAAUGCAGGGGUCCAGGGAGAGCAGAUAUAGUGAAUGCAGGGUUCGGGGAGACCAGAUAUAGUGAAUGCAGGGUCCAGGGAGACCAGAUGUAGUGAAUGCAGGGUCCAGGGAGACCAGAUAUAGUGAAUGCAGGGUCCGGGGAGACCAGAUAUAGUGAAUGCAGGGUCCUGGG